AGCUAUAUGUUUGCCAUGUCAACAGCAUGGCUGAUAGCAUUGGGCGGUUCAACUGCGUUGGAUACAUUGGCAUCUUCGACCUUUACGGGCAGCAAGAACCCACACGACCUUGGGAUUCUCCUGCAACGAGCUUUCCUCGUCCUUACUGCGAUGUAUAUCCCAGUUGCCAUUCUCUGGGCAUGCUCAGCUCCAGUCUUCAGGCUUCUUGGCCAGGAAGAAUAUAUCUGCAUUGACAGUGCCAAGUUCCUGACUGCAUUGAUCCCAGGAGGGCUGGGGUACAUCUACUUUGAAUCCAUGAAGAAGUACCUGCAAGCACAGGGUUCGUCCCUCUUCCCAUCCCCUCACUCCCUCUAACAGACUACAGAAAUCAUGCGCCCAGGAACCUACGUCCUCCUCAUCACCUCCCCAUUGAACGUCGCCCUCAACUACCUCUUCGUUUACACCUUCAACCUACACCUCAUCGGCGCGCCCCUCGCCACCGGCCUUUCUUACUGGCUCUCGUUCCUCCUCCUCGUCCUCUACGCCCGCUUCAUCGCCGGCUCCGCCUGCUGGGGCGGCUGGUCGCGCCUCUGCUACCAGAACCUCUCCACCUUCGCCCGCCUCGCAAUCCUCGGCGUCGUGCACGUCGGCACGGAAUGGUGGGCCUUUGAGAUCGUCGCCCUUGCCGCCGGACAACUAGGCACGAUUCCGUUGGCGGCGCAAAGUGUCAUCAUGACGACGGAUCAGGUGAUGAACACGAUUCCGUUUGGGAUCGGUGUUGCGGCUUCUGCGCGGGUGGGCAAUCUGCUGGGUGCGAGGAACGCGAAGGGGGCGGCGAGGGCGGCGAAUGUGGCGGCUUGGUUGAGCAUGGUGAUGGGUGUUCUUGUGCUUAUUGUCUUGAUGGCUGUCAAGGACUUCUAUGCGAAGAUCUUCAAUGAUGAUGUUAAUGUUAUCCGUCUUACGGCGGAAGUCAUGCCAUAUGUUGCGUUAUUCCAGAUUGCGGAUGGACUGAAUGGGAGUUGUGGUGGUAGUUUAAGGGGUAUGGGGAGGCAGCAUAUCGGUGCUGCCGUUAAUAUUGUUAGUUAUUAUAUGGGCGCGUUGCCGUUGGGGAUUUGGCUUGCGUUCCAUGGCUGGGGUCUUGCUGGGCUGUGGGUCGGACAGUGUAUUGCGCUGUAUUUGGUGGGAGCCAUUGAGUGGGUUAUUGUUGCGUGGAGUGAUUGGGAGUAUCAGGUUGAGAAGGCGUUUGAGAGGAUGGAUAGUGGCGAGAGGGCGGAGAUUGGCGGUGGGUUGGUGGAGGGGCAGACGAAUGGUGGGGUUGGAGGUGAUUUGUGAAGUAUAAAGGAGGUGGGAAAUGAAGAUAAUGAUGUUUAUGAACGAUGUG